GGAAACUAAGAUUGAGACAACCGGAAGUUUAGAGUGCAUCCUCCAAGCAGCUAGCAGUGUCGUGGAAAUAUCCCUUAAUCUAAUUAUUCCAACGUUUCAUUCUCCACGUUGAGUUUUCAGUAAAAGCAACAAUGUCCGAAAGAAAAGUGUUGAAUAAAUACUACCCCCCGGAUUUUGAUCCAUCCAAAAUCCCAAAACUUAAACUCCCAAAAGACCGUCAGUAUGUGGUCAGAUUGAUGGCUCCAUUCAAUAUGAGGUGUAAAACAUGUGGCGAGUACAUCUACAAGGGGAAGAAGUUCAAUGCACGCAAAGAGACUGUUCAGAAUGAGCUUUACAUGGGACUGCCCAUCUUCCGUUUCUACAUCAAAUGUACGCGGUGUCUCGCUGAGAUUACGUUUAAGACUGACCCGGAGAACACAGACUACGCAAUGGAGCAUGGAGCAACACGAAACUUCCAGGCAGAGAAACUGAUUGAGGAGGAGCAGAAGAGAAUGCAACAGGAGAGGGAAGAAGAGGAACUGAACAACCCCAUGAAGGUAUUGGAGAACCGCACAAAGGAUUCCAAGAUGGAGAUGGAGGUUCUGGAGAACCUCCAGGAGCUGAAGGAGCUGAACCAGAGACAGGCUCAGGUGGACUUCGAGGGAAUGAUCGACCGGUACAGAGAGAUGGAGAAGAGAGAGAGGGAAAGAGAGAAAGAAGAGGAUGAGCGAGAGACAAAAGAGAUGUUGGAUCGUGCCCUUGUGAAAAGACUCAGAGACUCUGACUCAGAGGAAGAGAAGGAGGAGGAGGAGGGGAGCAGCUUGCAGUCAAAGAAAGCCAGCACAGACAAACCAACAGACAUUCUCACCACGGACAAACCCACAGAAGCACCGGGAACCUCAGCUGGAGGAGUGAAGAGAGCGAAGGUGGAGAGUUGGGAGAGGAGUGUGGGGACGCUGGGUGGAGGAGGAGCACUUGGGUCCCUGGUCGUGCGAAAGAAACCAGCAGCAGCUGUAAACAAACACAGUCCAGUGGCGGCUGUUGCUGUUCUCACAUCACAAACAGAUUCAAAGGCAUCUGCAGCAGACUCCAAAAAUGCCUCUAAGCCCGUUGCCACACAAAACGGGUCGUCAUCUCUCAGCCUGCUGGGGGCGUAUUCAGACAGUGACAGCUAUGACAGCGAAUGAAAAGAAGAUGCUUGGGAUGGAUUUUGAUUUGAGUGACUGACACACAAUUGUAUGAAGAAUGCAGAAAGGAAUUUAAUGAUAUGGACCUUUUUGUAAUGAAUGAUAGAAAUCAUAUAUAAACCAGUUUGUGGAUCUCUCCUAUAAAAACCUUUCUAUAAAGACUGAUAAUAAGUCAGCGUGUUGGUGGGCAGUUUUCAGCAGAAUUGGUACUGUCUGCUGUCAAAGCCCAGUGAAAAUAAAAUCCUCUUCCUUAGCUGAUCCACUGGUUCACGGAUGUUGUUACCAAGUAUUUAACCUAGAAGAAAUGGUAAUGUUAGAUUUUUUUUUGUGUGAGGAGAACUAUACUAUCAGGUGUAUAUUUUAGUGUUUAUUAAAAUCUGUUUAACUUUUAAGUGUUUGUCCUUUGACAUAUUUUGACAUCUUGCAAAGUGUCUAUUUUAUUAUCUUAAAUGUUAAUUUGGGAUCAGUUCGGUGCUGUCUGUCUGCCCUUUAUUUAGAUCAGAAAAGCAAGUAUUAUCUAAAAACUUUAUAAUAAGUUUAUAAUGUUGAUUUUAUGUAAUUCAACAUUUUGGACAGUAAAUAUUAAUGUGAUUUCA